GUAAUUCCAAAGCACAAGUUUGUCCUUGUGAAAUUCGAUACACAAUAUCCAUAUGGUGAGAAACAAGAUGAGUUUAAAAAGCUGGCAGAGAGCUCAGGCUCCAGUGACGAUCUUCUGGUGGCGGAAGUGGGAAUAUCAGAUUAUGGUGAUAAACUGAACACUGAGCUGGGAGAAAAGUACAAGCUGGAUAAAGAAAAGUUCCCUAUUUUUCACUUGUUCCAGGAUGGUGACUUUGACAAUCCCUUACCUUAUAGCGGCCAAAUCAAAGCCAGGGCUAUUCAGCGCUGGCUGAAGAGUAACGGCAUCUAUCUGGGGAUGCCAGGCUGCCUGAAAGAGUACGACAUGCUGGCCAGCAAGUUUGUGAGCACCACUGAGAAAUCAGAACGCCAGUCCCUCCUGAAAAAGGGGCAAGAGAGUUUAGAAAAAACAAAAGAAACUGAGAAGAAGUCAGCUGAGCAAUACUUGAAAAUUAUGAGCAAGAUACUGGAGCAGGGAGAAGAGUUUGCUGCUAAUGAAGUCGUCCGAAUCACAAAACUGAUCGAGAAGAACAAAAUGAGUGAUGGAAAAAAGGAGGAGCUCCAGAAAAGCCUCAAUAUCCUUGCUUCUUUCCUGAAGAAGAAUAAUGAAAAAGACGAGCUCUAAUAUGUUGGAGAACUUUGUACAAGCUGUGAAACACUGUCAAGAGUCCUAACCAGUUCUCCUUAUGCAAGCAAACUUCCCGCUGACUUCAAGAGAGCAGCAGAUUUCCUUCUGGUAUUCUCAGUUUAGAAGAUCAAGAGGAAGACAUUCCUUAAAAACACAGUAUUCUAAAUGUUGGAAAAAUCACCUUAAAGCAAGAUGCCAGUAUUGUGUAAUACUAUUCAAUAACAGCGUUAAAGCAAACCCCAAAAAAAGCACUAGAUUGGCCUGCAGCACAUUCCUGGUGGUUUUUACAGCUGUUCCCUGGCAAACAAAUAACAAAAUUCAGUCUCACAUUCCAUCUUACAUGUUGUAAAAGGUACAGAUCGGGUGCCCCACGCAUCCCUACUUUCCCUGUUCUUAGUU